AUACUUUACUUGCGCCCGAAUUCAUUAGAUUAGCACCUAGUGUACCAAAGCAUUCUGGGUCAAUAUGGGCUCAGUCACCAAAUCCUCAUAAAGAAUGGGAGGUGGAAUUUUCUUUUAGAAUUUCAGGGAAUUACUUUCUUGGUGGUCGAGGAAUGGCAUUUUGGUAUACAAAAGAACAAAGUAAAGAAGGUUCGUUGUUCGGGUGUAGUGAUAAAUGGGAUGGGUUGGCGAUUUUUUUCGAAACUGUGGAUCAUGUUAGAAAGCGUGAUAAUCCUUAUAUAAUGGCACAUGUCAAUGAUGGCUCUAUUUCCUAUAACAGCAUCAUGGAUCCUUUUGCUGUUAAAAUGGCUGGCUGUUACCGAAUGCUUCGUAAUACUCAAGAGCCAAUAUUUGCAAAAGUUACUUACUAUAAUAAUACUCUAAAGAUGAUGGUUGAUACCAAUGAUGGAGGCGAGUCUUACAACGUUUGCUUUUCAAAGUAUGGGGUGUCUUUACCACCAGGAUAUUAUUUCGGAAUUUCGGCUUCUGCAGAAGGGGUUACACCAGAUGAUCAUGAUAUUCUUUCCUUCGAGACAUAUGAAUUAAAUCCUAUUGAAAAAAGUGAUAGACCUUUACGUCCUCAUGAAGCUGAAAAAGUAGCAAAAGCACCAUCAGAACCAUUCGAGAUACCAGAAAAUCGAAUUGAAAACAUUCAAAAGAUAGUAUCAAAAUCGGAAGAUUCGCGAGAUAUGCGUGAAAAGGGAAAAGGAGAUCCAAGAAAUCUUGAUUUUAUAAGAGGAAUGCAAAUCAAGAUACUUGAAUCACUUGAUAAUGUACAUGAACAAUUACGUAUCUUAGGUGUUAGUCCGAAAAGUAAUGAUAAUUAUUAUAGUGACACAAGCAAGACAGAAGGUCAACUGGUCGCUGUUUCACAAAAAUUGGAUAAAAUUAUUUCAAGUAUCUCAUCCCUAGAAGCAAGAAUAUCUCGAAUUCCUUUAGAUGGAGGUAAUGAUCAUGCAAUUAGGGAUUUGAAAGAAGAUGUGCAACGCAUAGCAAGCAAAAUUGAAUCUUUAGACACACAAAGAAGUUUUCAUGAUGCUGCUAAACUUCGAGAUAAAGAUUCAUCAACUACGUCAAUAUGGAUAUAUUUAAUUUACUUUACUUUAUUUGCAAUUAUAACCAUUG